CAGUGUACCGGAAGUGUUGCUAUGUAGGCAAUUUUGCCUAUCUUUAGCAUUAUUCCGGAAACUGAGGAAAAUAAUAGCUACUGUGGCUAGCCAGCUAAUCGCAGUUUCCCCACAAAAAUAUCCAGGGUUCGAGGAGACAUGGGGGGAGCACAGAGCAUCGAAAUACCUGGAGGAGGAUCCGAAGGUUAUCACGUCCUCAGAGUGCAAGAGAAUUCCCCUGGUCAUCGUGCAGGAUUGGAACCAUUCUUUGACUUUAUUAUUUCCAUCAGUGACACAAGAUUGAACAAAGAUAAUGACACGUUAAAAGACAUGCUGAAGGUGAAUGUGGAGAAACCCAUCAAGAUGCUGGUAUACAGCAGCAAGACACUUGAGCUGAGGGAGACAACAGUCACACCCAGCAACAUGUGGGGAGGCCAGGGGCUGCUGGGUGUCAGCAUCCGAUUCUGCAGCUUCGAAGGAGCCAAUGAGAAUGUCUGGCAUGUUUUGGAAGUGGAGCCAAAUUCUCCUGCAGCCCUGGCUGGUUUGAGACCACACACUGACUACAUCAUAGGUGCAGACACUGUCAUGAACGAGUCUGAAGAUCUCUUCUCCCUCAUUGAAACGCAUGAAGGGAAAGGGCUUAAGUUGUAUGUGUAUAACACUGACACGGACAACUGUCGGGAGGUGGUCAUCACUCCAAACUCUGAGUGGGGGGGAGAGGGCAGCCUAGGCUGUGGGAUUGGCUAUGGCUACCUACACAGGAUACCCACACAGCCAUUUGAAGAGGGUAAGAAGAUCAGUUUCCCUGGACAGAUUCCAAGUGAACCGGUUUCCCCACUCAAAGAUGGCUUCACAGAGGUUCAGCUCUCUGCUGUCAGUCCUCAACCUGCAGUGCCUUCUGCUCCUACUGGGUUGGAACAACAUCUCUCUGACCUGUCAAUCAGCUCAGCUCCUCCCACUGUCCCAAACACUCUACAAACAGGUGUGCUAGGAGUACCUACUGUACCACUGUUGCCUAGCCAAGUCGGCCCCCUGCUAAGCACUGUACCUCCAAUCCUCCCUGCUACCACGUUACCAGGUCUAAUGUCGUUACCCGGAGGCCUACCUCCCCUUCCCAACCUGCCCAAUUUGAAUUUCACUUUGCCAGACUUCGGCACUGUAUCGUUACCAGGUAUUGGAGGGAUGCCACCAGCAGGUUUCCCUCCAUUGGCCCCUCUUCCUCCCCUAAAUCUAUCCAUGCUCAACUCCCAGCUGCCCCUGGUCCCAGGGGUAACUCUGCCUCCAUCUGAGUUCACUCUUCCACCUGUCUCCGCAAGCAUCAAAGUCUCCUAUGAGCAGAGACCUGCCCUCAUGCUGAAUGCAAAAUCCUCCAGUGCCCCAGUGGUCAUUGACACAUUGACAGAAACACUCCUCCCUACACCAGUGGCCUCCUUUGAACCAACAGAAGCAGCAGUGACCUCUGAGUCCUCCUAACAGAGAACCAUCUACCAACAAGCUCUAUUGUAUUUAAAACUCAACAAUAAAUAAUCUGGAAACACUUCUAGUUGUACUACUGAAACUAUGGUUGCACCCCUAAUUCUCCACUAUUUUCUAAAAGUGUGUAUACUUGCACACUUCCUGUCAUGGAUUUACAUGCUCUGGAUUGGUGUAAUCAUUGGCGAGUGUGUUUUUUCCCCCCACUGUUAAAUUCAUGAUGGGAAGUGUGCAGCCAAGUGCACACUGGAAAAAGGGUGUAGAAUCAUGAUGUAGCCAUGGUUGUUGAAACAACAGCAAGAGUCCUCAGAAGGAUGGGAGAAUUGUGUGAGAGACCCACUUUAGUAAAUUGAUACUGCAUUACAACAAGC